GCUGCGCCGGGCGGCGGAGGCAGUGGCUGGAGGAGCCGGUGGGGCGAGGAUGCUGCGGCAGUUGCUGCUCUGGGGGGUGCUGCUGGCCGAGGCGGCGGCGGCGGGCUCGGCGGUGGCGGUGCUGAGCGCGGAGCUGCGCGGCCAGCCGGCGCGGGAGGUGAGCCCGGCUUUCCUCUCCCUCACCAUCGAUGCCAACCUGGCCGCGGACCCCAGGUUCAUCCCCAUCCUGGGCUCUCCCAAACUGCGCACUUUAGCAAGAGCUUUGUCUCCAGGCUUCUUGAGAUUUGGUGGCACCAGAACUGACUUCCUGAUCUUCAGUCCAGAGAAGGAUUCAACUUUAGAAGACAGAGACUUUUGGGAAUCACAGGUGAAUCAAGGUAUUUGUGGAGUAAGAUCUAUUCCUACUGCUGUGGAGGAGCUACUGCUAUCUCAGUGGCCCAUCCAGGAGAAGAUACUCCUUAAGGAACAAUACUGGAAAAAAUACAAAAACACCACCAUUACAAAAAGUACAGUGGACAUUCUGUAUAGCUUUGCAAAGUGUUCAAAGCUGGAUCUGAUCUUUGGCCUUAAUGCCUUACUUCGAAAACGUGGCUUGCAGUGGGAUAGUUCAAAUGCUCAGUUGCUCUUGGAUUAUUGUGCUUCCCAACAUUACAACAUGUCUUGGGAACUUGGGAAUGAGCCAAACAGUUUCAGGAAGAAGUCUGGCAUCUAUAUUGAUGGUUCCCAACUUGGGCAAGACUUUAUUCAUCUGUAUCACCUUCUGAGAAACUACAGCAGUUUCAAGAAUUCAAAACUUUAUGGCCCUGAUGUUGGUCAACCACGGAAAAACACUCAGAAGUUGUUGAAGAGCUUCCUGAAAUCAGGAGGGAAAGUAAUUGAUUCUGUUACCUGGCAUCAUUACUACGUAAAUGGACGACACGCUACCAGAGAGGAUUUCUUGAGCCCUGAAGUGCUGGAAACCUUUAUUACAGCAGUAAAAGAUGUUCUUCAGAUUGUUGAUGGAACUGUACCUGGUAAAAAGGUGUGGCUAGGAGAAACAAGUUCAGCCUAUGGAGGUGGAGCUCCCAGACUGUCUAAUACAUAUGUUGCCGGUUUUAUGUGGUUGGACAAAUUAGGACUGUCAGCCAGAAUGGGUAUUGAUGUGGUGAUGCGACAAGUGUUCUAUGGAGCAGGAACCUAUCACCUGGUGGAUGCAAAUUUUGAACCUUUGCCUGAUUAUUGGCUUUCUCUGCUGUACAAAAAACUGGUCGGCACCAAGGUACUGAAAGUUGGCCUGAAGGGAGCAGAUCCGAAGAAGCUUCGAGUGUACCUUCAUUGCACGAAUAACCACAACCCAAUGUACAAAGAAGGGGAUGUUACUCUGUUUCUUUUAAACCUCUAUAAUGUUACCAAACAUGUGCAGUUGCCCCAUAACUUAUAUAAUAAGCAUAUAGAUGAAUACCUUUUAUUACCUCAUGGGGAACAGCACAUACUUUCCAGGUCUGUCCAGUUGAAUGGUCAUGUCUUAAGGAUGGUGGAUAACAAAACACUACCAGCACUUACUAAGAAACCCCUCUCUCCCGGGAGUACUCUUGGCCUUCCAGCUUUUUCAUAUGGAUUUUAUGUAAUAAAAAAUGCAAAAGCUAUUGCUUGCAUUUAAACAUUGAACACAUCCUCACAGGACGGUUGCAGGCACAUUGUAGCUAAAACUCAAGUUUGAUACUAGAGGGUCACUUUUUUGCAAUAAGCAUUAACUCUGGCAAACUUGCUGCAAAUCUGCUGGAGUGGCAGCAAAAGCUGGGAGAGGAGAGGGCAUAAAUGCUAUUGUGUACUGUGUACAUGAACCAUAUUGAUGUAAACCUGCAAGAACAUUUUCCCCAGGUUUUGGGGAGUUGCUUCCUUCCUCUCUUGGGCCCCCAGUGGUCCACUUAACAGCAAGUCCUUCUCUAUUCCGCACACUCCUGUCACGGGAGCUGAUUACACUGUGUCUGCAGAUCUGCCAGCCAAAGACUUAGAUAUUCCCUCAUGGUCUAGGUUCUAUAAAUUUAAGCACAAUUGUUAUAGCAGCCUUUUUUUUCUGAGAGCAGAUGAGGUUCAUGAGGGCUUUUAAAAAAAAUAUAUCCCACCCCCCCCUGCUUUUACUCGCACUGUUCCUGUAAUGCUCACACAAUAUGGGAGAGCAGGAGACAAUCAUGGGAAAGCUACCACUAGUUACUGCAGGUAAUGAGUUUCUGAUUAUUAUUUUUUUGUGCAUUAAGGGAUGUUCAAAGCCCAGCUGCACUCUGUUAGUUAUGUUGGGGGCGAGGGAUGGAGAAAACAAGCGAAAGGAAGAUGAAUAAAGGAAGGAUUAUCUAAAUGGAAGGAGGGAAACAGUGAGGAAAAACGCCAAAACUUAGGGCUUGUCUACACUUACAAGUGCAGCUAUGCCACUGUUGUGCUUAGUGAAGACACUACCUAUGUCAACAAGCGAGCUUCUCCCAUUGAGGUAGGUACUCCACCUCCCCCAGAAGCACGCCUGUAGACAUAGUGCUGUCUCCAGUGGGAGUUAGGUCAGUAUAACUGCAUCACUCAGGGGUGUGGCUUUUCACUCUGCUUUACUGAUUUUUCAGGAUAACUAUGAUCUCCUUUUAACCUGCUUCCCUGGCUAACAAAUGUUAUCAGUUUUGGGAAGAAGUUACCUCUAAACAACUCCAUGAGGAACUGUGAAUAUGCUCAGUGAAGUCCCCUCGUGUCACUACCAAGGGCCUGAAUUCUGAUCAGGCUGGAUAGUUUCACUAAUUGUAGGGAAGGCCCAGAGGGUCUGACUUAAAGCCCAUUGAAGUCGGAGAUAAAACUUCACUGGGCUUUGGAUCAUGCUCAGAAUAACUAACAUGGCUGUAGGAGACAGCUGAUUUCUCCCAGUCAGAACUGUGAGUCCUCUCCAUCUUUUCUUUAGGCCAGCAGGGGUAAAUGUCAGCUGGAGCCUUCUUCUCUUGGCAACCUUUCAAAGCCAAUUUUCCUUCUCCCUUAAACUUACUGCAUUCUUCCUAUACUUUGACUCAGGAACUAUUUAUUCUCUCCUAAAUAAAUCUCAAAACACCAAAUAGCAAUAUAACUUAAAGCACAGCUAUUGCCUUUGAUAUUUGUUUGUACCUAAUUUCUUAAAACCUACAACCUGCUACAAUGCAAACUGUGAAUGCUUAUUUUGAGAUAUAUCAGGAAAAGGUUUCACAUGACUGUAUUUUUCCUAUUCAGGAUUUAAGAGAGACAAUUGGGUAAAUAAGGAACCAAAUUUAGAUUGUUUUUUAAAAACCCAACUACUUUAAAAACAUACAAAUCACUGAAAUAUAGUUAUGACAUCUUGUUUAAAAAUUACAAUGAAAACAGAUAAUUUGUGUUCAACUUAAAAUAUUUCAUUGCAGUAUUUGCAACCCAAAAAGUGCACCACUGUGCUAAUACAUACAUGCCCAAAAGUGAAAUGGGCUAUAAACAAACGCAAGACCGACAAGUCUCUUUUCAUUCUCCAAAUUCAAAUGGAAGAAGUAAACAGACAGUAUAAAUUAUGGGAAAAAAAUAGGUUUAUAAAGUUCUUAGUUGUAACAGUCUAAAGUUUUGAAAAACAAGUAAUACAAUUUUUUUUUUAGCCUGACAACAUACUUUACAGAACCGUUCUUAAAAACCAGCAACACAGCCUGUUUGUAGUGACUUUUUAAUAUUUGCAUAUUUUAAUAAAAUUUAUAUUACAGUUUGGUAAUUGUGGUUUUCUUCAAACUAUCAGUUUAAAAACUGGAAACACAGCUCACUGUUUGUUUUAAUGUGAAAUUUUUAUAUUUGCACAUUUUUAAUAAAGUAAUUUAUAUCACAUUUUA